CCUCUCACCAACAUUAACAUUUUCUAUUAAAAAAAAACAUCAAAUUUUAUUUUUCUCUUUCUUUCUUUCAUCGUUUCACAGUCUACAAAAAUGGAAGGAAGACAAUACUACCCUCCAAGAGAAACCGUCGACGGAAACAGAACCACCGUGGGAGGACCUCACUCGCCGUGGCAUUCACCGGUUCCUUAUCUUUUCGGUGGUUUAGCGGCGAUGCUUGGUCUCAUCGCCUUCGCUCUUCUAAUCCUCGGUUGCUCUUAUUGGCGUCUCUCUGGUUACUUCGACGGUGAGGAAAACCAGAGCAGAGACAGCGAUCUUGAAGCCGGAGAUAUGAAACCUGAUAAAGCUGUGAAGGCUGUAGCUUUGCCGGAGAAGUUUUUGGUGAUAAUGGCCGGAGAUGUGAACCCCACGUACUUGGCGACGCCGGUGGAGAAAAGCUGUACUUGUGACGAUGAUGAAGACGAGGAGGGUGGUGAUGACGUGAAGGGUAAUGAUCAGGUGGUACGGCGGAGUACUGAAAGCAACGGUGCGACGCAUUGAGAAACAGAGGACAUGAAGAGAAGAAACAGAGGAUCAACAGUUCUUUAGACUGUUUGUAUCUGGCCCGGUUGUUUCUGGAUAUUGGGUCGGGUCAGAGCUCUACAUGAUGAGCCUUAAAUAUAGUCUGACUCUUACUAUGGCGGAGAAUUAUAUAUAAAAAACAAACUGGAAUUGAGUUUGGAUCAUUAGGAAGGUGUUCUGAUUAACAAUGUUAUUUAAUCUCAGCUUUUUGCUUCAUUAAGUUGUUUAGAAUAUUUUGUUUUCAGAUUUCUAAGUUUGCAAUUCAUCAGUUUUGUUCCAUUUCUGAGUUUUGAUGGAUAUCCAGGAAAAAAAUGUGAACA